AUGUUUUCGGUGGAUGAGCUGAAGGAAUUUCGGGGUACGGGUAAUGAGUGGACCAGCGAUUUAACCUGCGUGCCGACGGUUUGCGAAGACGCCAUCGAUGGCCACUUCGUCGCGUCCAAUCGGCAGCUCAACAAGGGAUGGAUAUUCAAGGAGGAGAAGUACAUCCGGCGGAUUGAAUGCUCCGUGCUUCGGGGGACCGACCUGCUAGUGCUUAGGAGCAUAUGCCUUUGCUCCAUGAGGUCCGGGCACUACAAACAAGUCGUGGUUGUCAAGGUGGAUGUCUCAGCUGCUGUUGUACAGGCGCACUGCGACUGUGUUGCUGGGUUGAGCCAAAGAUGUCAGCAUGUAGCCGGCCUCCUUUUUGCAGUCCGGAGUAUCCAAUCUCCGUCGUGCACCGAUAUGCCAUGCAGAUGGAUAGCACCGACACAAGGACAGAACAAUCUACCAAUGCAGCCACUGCAGGACAUCACAUUUAAAAAGCACGUCGUCAACAAGGUGGUACCAGGAAAACCAAAGUGCCAGCUGCCAGCCACCAUCCCGUCACUGACACACUCGGACAUUGAAGAGUUUUCCAAGAACAUUGCCCGAGAUGACCCGCACCUUGUAUAUAACAGAUAUAGCAAAAGCCGGUCUACUCCACCAUGUAACACAAGCAUCAUUCCCGACACUGAAGAUCUGCAUUCAGAGAGGUGCUCCUCCAUAUUUAGAGAACACUUUGAGAAGAUUGUACCACUGACGUCUAUUGAAAGAGAUUCACUGUGUAAAAAGACACUUGGCCAAAACGAGAACCUAGCAUGGACCGCAGAGAGAACUGGACGACUGACAGCAUCAAAGUUCAAGACCAUUGUGUGCUGUAGGAAGCCAGACGGACUCCUAAGGAGCAUUUUAUAUCCAAAAAGACAAGAAGUGCUGAGACCGGGUGACCCAAGACUGUACGGUCUCCAAAAUGAGGAUGUUGCUGUCACCAAAUAUGUCCACCUGAUGCAACUGUAUGACAAAGACAUAGAGGUCACCAAGACAGGACUGCAUAUGCACGAAGUACACCCCUUCCUCGGUGCAUCUCCAGACCGACUCGUAAAGGAUGGCAACGAGGUUGGACUGCUGGAGGUCAAGUGUCCCGCUUCAAAAGCUGGACACACAGUGCAGCAUGCGUGUACUGACAAAGCAUUCUGUGCAGAACUUGCUAAUGGAAACGUGUGUCUGAAGCGAAGCCACGCAUACUAUUACCAAGUGCAGGGCCAGCUUGGAGUGACCGGAAAGCCAUGGUGCGAUUUCGUUAUCUGCACCAAUCACCCAGAGCUACACCAUUGUUUGUCAGUGGAGAGAAUUUAUUUUGACAAAGACUUUUGGAAGGAGAUGUGUGAGGGACUGCUGUAUUUCUACAGGUUUGCUGUGAUCCCAGAACUGCUAACCCGCCGCAUUCGACGACUGGGUUUUUUGUACACUACAGGGCCCGGAUAUGUGUCGUUUCAGAAGUACAAGGAUGGGUUUUAUUUUGUUACUGAACAGGAUGGGGCAUUCAGGUUUAAACUGAGAAAAUUGAAAUAA